CAAACUAUUUCAAAGAAUGAAAAGUGUUAUAGUGAUAGCUAUCUUAGGAUGCUUAGUAGGACCAAUUCAUUCAAUCAAACCAUUAACUUCAACUCCAUGUUUCUCAAUCUCAUCAUGGAACCAAGCCCAAACCCAACCCCACCAAAAGCUCAACUUACUCAACCUCCAAACCCAUGAAUCAUACACUCCAUCUAUCCUUCCACUUGGACCUUUUCCAGCCCAUCAUUUUCCUCAACUCAUCACUCAUUCAGACCCGAACCUCGACGAAUCUCAAUCCACUUUCGCUCAACGGUACUGGUUCGAUACUACUUAUUAUCAAAAAGGAGGUCCUGUUUUCUUACUAGACGGAGGCGAAACGAAUGGGCAAGACAGACUACCAUACUUGCAAGACGGGAUUCUAAGUAUCCUUUCCAAAGCAACCCAUGGAAUUGGUAUCAUACUUGAACACCGAUAUUAUGGUCAAUCGUUUCCUUUUAAAGACCUUUCGAACGAGUCAUUAAGGUACCUAAACACGCGUGAAUCGUUAGAUGAUAGUGCUUAUUUUUCACAACAUAUCGUUUUGCCUGGUCAUGAAGAUCUUGAUAUCACUGCACCUGGUACACCUUGGAUCUAUUAUGGUGGUAGUUAUGCAGGUGCAAAAGCGGCAUUCAUGAUGAAACUUUAUCCUGACCUGAUAUGGGGAUCAAUAGCUUCAAGUGCAGUGAUCCAUGCGCAAGUAGAUUUCUGGCAAUACUAUGAACCGAUUCGAAUUCAUGCACCUGAAACAUGUAUUGAACCAUUGAUAAUCAUUACAAGAUCGAUUGAUAGGAUCCUUCUUUCGAACGAUUCCAUGGCUAUUAUGUCAUUGAAAGAUCUUUUCGGAUUAGCAAACGUAACUGAUCAUCGAGAUUUCGUAAACGUCUUAGCUUCUCCUAUCGGGACUUGGCAAGAAAGAAAUUGGGAUCCAAGGAUCAGUAACCACGAAUUCGAAACGUAUUGUGAUUCGUUAAAAAGAAAUCCAUCACCCGAACCCAUCAAAACUUUUUCCACUUCUUUAAGUUUAUUACAAAGAUUUUUUGAAGUUGAAGAAAACUUUCCACUGGAUAGUUUGUUAGGGUAUUCUAAUUAUAUUAAAAAUUCAAUUAGUUCCAAAUGUGAGAAGUUGGAUCAAGAUGAAUGUUUUGGAACUGGAAAUCUUACGGCUCAUCAGAUUGAUAGUCUGGAUCAAACUUGGAGAUCUUGGAUGUGGCAAGUCUGUACUGAAUGGGGUUAUUUUCAAAACUCUUCACCUGGUCUUCAAGAUAGUUUAGUUUCUAAACUAAUCACCCUAGAGUAUAAUUCUAGACCAUGUCAACUCGCCUUCGGAUCCAAUAUACCCAAGACACCGAACACCACCCAAGUGAACCAAUACGGAGACUACGAUCUAGAUUCCAAUCGAUUAGCAUUCAUAGACGGAUCCCAUGAUCCAUGGAUCUAUAUGACCGUUCAUUCACCUUUACUUCAGAAUCGAACUAUUCGGGAUGGAUUUGUGAUUGAUGGCGGGAUACAUCAUUGGGAUGAGAAUGGGAAUGGGGAUGGUGAACCGGAAGGGAUUAGGAAUGUUCAUCAGAGGGAAGUUGGGUGGGUUAGAGAGUGGGUCAGGCAGUUUUAUGAUCGGAGGUCUUAAAUGGUUGGUGGGAUUAUGAAGUUUUGGUUUGGGUAGGGAGGUAUGGACUUGCGGAAAUGGGGUUAUGUUGUGGUCAAUUUCGGGUUUGGAAUUCGAAAUUGGUUUUGUUGGUUAUACUAGAAUCAUAAGUUUUUCUCUUCUUGUUAACUUGUUAUACAAAAUCUUUUAAAUUUCUUAUAACCAGUUGGAUCUGAUUUUGAGUAUUAGAAAAUGUUUGGAUGUAUUUAUUUGGAACGUAAUUUUGUAAUUUUGUAAUCUGAACUUUGUUGUUUGUUUUGUUUUUGUUUGUCGUUUGUUUUUUUGUUUUGUGUACUGAUGAAAGAAUAAAUUUUAUACUUACAUUGG